ACAACAACAAGAAUUUCGUCUCAUAAAAUUUAUAUUAAAAAAGUGAUAAAAAAAAGCAAAAAAAUAAAAAUUCGACAAAAUUGCCAAAAUAAAAAAUAUACAAAAAUUAUAUCAGCGGCCAGUUAAGUACAUAUACAUAGGAAUCUAAAAAAAAAACACAAAUUAAUAAAAACAGAAGCCAGACAAAUAAUAGAACAACAACAUGUCCACAUCGACGCGAAGUUCGCUCACGAGAAAAUCGUCGCUGGCCAAAAGUGGCAGCUCGGAUAAAGCAGCAUCCAAAUCAUCUGCAACAUCAACAGAAACAACAACAGCAACCAAAAAGGUCUCCAGCAUAGCUGCAACAACGAAACCAGAUGCGACGGGGAGCGGGAACAAACAGAAAAUGCAAUACUCAAAAACCAGGGAGCGCAUUGUCGAUGAUGUGCCACUGCCGCCCACACAUAAAUUGACCAUGUCCGAGGUAUACGACGAUCCCAAGACGGGUAAGCCCAACUUUGAUGUACUGCGUCAGCACUUUCUGCUCGAGGGUCGCAUCGAGGAAUCUGUCGCCCUGCGCAUCAUCGAGGAGGGUGCUGACCUGCUGCGCGAGGAGAAGAACAUGAUCGAUGUGGAGGCACCCAUCACGGUAUGUGGCGACAUUCACGGACAGUUCUUUGAUCUGGUCAAGCUCUUUGAAGUGGGCGGACCGCCAGCCACGACACGUUAUCUCUUUCUGGGCGACUACGUGGACAGAGGCUACUUCAGCAUAGAGUGUGUACUCUAUCUGUGGUCCCUGAAGAUCACAUAUCCCGAUACGUUGUCCCUGCUGCGCGGCAAUCACGAGUGUCGUCACCUAACGGAAUACUUUACCUUUAAACAAGAGUGCAUUAUUAAAUACUCGGAAAGUAUUUACGAUGCUUGCAUGGAAGCCUUCGACUGCCUGCCCCUCGCCGCGCUGCUCAACCAACAGUUUCUGUGCAUUCACGGCGGGUUAUCGCCAGAGAUUUUCACACUCGACGACAUCAAGACGCUGAAUCGCUUCAGGGAGCCACCCGCCUAUGGGCCCAUGUGUGAUCUGCUGUGGUCCGAUCCGCUGGAGGAUUUUGGUAAUGAGAAGAGUAACGAAUUCUUUACCCACAACUCGGUGCGUGGCUGUUCCUACUUCUUCAGCUACUCGGCAUGCUGUGAGUUUCUCCAAAAGAACAAUCUGUUGUCUAUUGUGCGGGCGCAUGAGGCGCAGGAUGCAGGCUAUCGCAUGUAUCGAAAAAAUCAGGUAACCGGCUUUCCCUCACUGAUCACCAUCUUUUCGGCGCCAAACUAUUUGGAUGUUUACAACAACAAGGCAGCUGUGCUCAAGUAUGAGAACAACGUGAUGAACAUAAGACAAUUCAACUGCUCGCCACAUCCCUACUGGCUGCCCAAUUUCAUGGAUGUAUUCACCUGGUCGUUGCCCUUUGUCGGCGAGAAGGUGACUGAGAUGUUGGUCAAUGUGCUCAACAUUUGCUCAGAUGACGAACUCGUCGCUGGUCCCGAUGAUGAACUGGAGGAAGAACUGCGAAAGAAAAUUGUGCUCGUGCCGGCGAACGUGAAUAAUAACAAUAACAAUAAUACGCCCAGUAAGCCAGCUUCCAUGUCGGCGCUACGCAAGGAGAUAAUUCGUAACAAAAUACGGGCAAUUGGCAAAAUGUCGCGUGUCUUUUCUGUACUAAGGGAAGAGUCGGAGAGUGUGCUGCAACUGAAGGGACUGACGCCAACGGGCGCCUUGCCAAUGGGCGCUCUCUCUGGUGGACGUGAUUCCCUCAAGGAGGCUCUGCAAGGACUGACUGCGUCCUCACAAAUUCACUCGUUUGCCGAGGCAAAGGGUUUGGAUGCAGUCAAUGAACGAAUGCCACCACGUCGACCCCUAACAAUGAGUGCCAGCAGCAGCAGCAUCACAACCAUCACCAGCACAAGCACCAGCAACAACAACAACAACAACAACACAGCAGCUAAAAACAACAACAGCAAUGGCAGCACCGCUGACAGCGAUGCCACCCUGACAAAAUCGACCCGAACCACCGUUAGAUCGGCAACCACGAGUAAUGUUCGCAGCGGUUACACAUCGAAGCGGUUCUCAUAGUCAAUUGAAAGGAUUGAAGACUGGAGAGGAUAAUCUUAGUCAUUGUUUUCAGUUCGUUUUCAGUUUAGUUUAAAUUAUCUGAUUUAUUUACUGUAUUUCCCAUAAUUGUUUUUGGUUUUAGCUCAAAUUUCAUACCCCAAAUUCACUUGCAAUUUUUAUAGUCAAAAGUGUAAACCUUUCGUCAAAUUUCUAUCUGUAGAACCAAAGUCAUAUGUAAUACAUAUAUAUAUAUACUAGUGAAAAUUUAUACGUGACAUGAAUAAUUUUUAAUAAACCUGACGGCAAAUAGCGCAAAAAAUA